AUUUCUUAUAUCUUAAAGUACUUGAGCUUCCUCAGUUCUCUGUCUCUUAUUAGUUUCCCUUUCAUUUUUUUUUUUGAAAAUGGGGUUUGCAAUUGAGAAGAAAAUCUUUAUUUUGCUUGGCCUCAUGGUUCUCUUCCCAGCAGUUUGUACCUCUCAGUAUACACCCUCUAGAGCAACCUAUUAUGGUAGCCCUGACUGCUAUGGGACUCCACGUGGAGCUUGCGGGUUCGGUGAAUUCGGAAGGACCGUGAAUGAUGGCAAGGUUGCAGGAGUCUCCAAGCUCUAUAGGAAUGGAACUGGCUGCGGCACAUGUUAUCAGGUUAGAUGUACAAACCCUCAACUAUGCAACUAUGAUGGGGUGACCAUAGUGGUGACUGACUAUGGUGAAGGAGACAACACAGACUUCAUCCUCAGCCCACGUGGCUAUUCGAAUUUGGCACUUCCAAAUGCAGAGGCUGAGCUGUUUGCUUAUGGAGUGGUUGAUGUUGAAUACAAAAGGGUGUCUUGUCAAUACUCAGGUUACAAUGUCAAGUACAAGGUCCAUGAACACAGCAAAUACCCUCACUACUUUGCUCUGGUAAUCACAUACGCCGCUGGCCAAAACGACAUCACAUCCGUUGAGUUGUGGCAGGAGGAUUGCAAAGAAUGGGUUCCCAUGCGCAGAGCAUUUGGGGCAGUUUGGGAUAUGGCUAACCCACCAAGAGGCUAUAUCACCUUGAGGUUCCAAGUCAUAAGCAGCGCAGGCAACACUUACUGGGUGCAAUCAACCAAUGCCAUACCUGAGAAUUGGGAGGCUGGAGCUGUUUAUGACUCCAAAAUUCAGCUCAAUGAUUAAUUCAUGCUGUGUUUCUUUACUUAUCAAGGAUAAUUAAAUAGAGAAUGGAGAUGUGAAAUACUUUAGUUUUUAUUGUUUCUUUUUUAGUUAGCUGGUUGGUUGGUGUUUAAUUAGGGAAAACAAUAUAUGCAUGCCCGGUGGCGUAGGUGGGUGUGCUUUAUGUUGCUUCAAUAAGUAGUGGGAUGUUUGUACUUGGAAUUUGGAUUUGGUGACGUACGACAUAAAUAAAGUUUGUGCUCUUUUGUUUAGCCUAGUUAAAAAAAAAAUAUCGUG